AUGGAUUACGACCUUACUGAAGAAGGAAUGGAAGCCUUCCACUCGAUACAUGAACGGUUGUCAUCAUACAUGGUGGAAAAAGAAGCUUACGAUCGCAUUGCGACCUUGGAGGUCGUCAAUGAAGAACUUGGUGAUCCGGAGGAUGAAGAGGAAGUCCAUAUUCAGCUCGCUCCAGCGGCGCUGGAUGAUACACCUCCCAAGGUUAAAGACCCUACUGAGAAGAUCAACUUGGGUACCGUAAGUGAGCCUAUGGAGGUCUCUAUCAGUGCUUACCUAGAGCCUAGCGAGAAACAGAGGCUCGUUGACCUAUUGCUAGAAUUCAAGGAUUGCUUCGCAGAAAAGUAUGAGGACAUGCCCGGCCUGUCACCAGAUUUGGUCUGUCAUCAGUUACCAACUCUUGCCGAAAAGCGGCCCGUCAAACAGGAACCUCGACGAAUGAACGCGGAGACCCAGAUUUUGGUAAAGGAAGAGAAAAAUGGCAAGAUAAGAGUCUGCGUUGAUUAUAGAGACUUGAAUCUUGCUACACCCAAGGAUGUUUACCCCAUGCCAGUCGCGGAUAUGUUGGUGGAUGCGGUGGCAGGCCAUGAAUUGCUAUCCUUCAUGGAUGGUACUGCAGGUUAUCACCAGAUUCCGGUGGCUGAAGAAGACAGACACAAGACUGCUUUCCGCUGCCCUGGCUUUGCAGGGGUUUUUGAAUAUGUGAUAUACAUCGACGACGUGGUCGUCAAGUCUCAGCAGAAAAGGGAUCACAUCGCGGAUCUCAGGAAAGUGUUUGAGCGCAUGCGCCGACAUAAACUCAAGAUGAACCCGGCCAAAUGUGUGUUCGCGGUUCAAGCAGGGGACUUUCUGGGGUUUAUAGUCCACCAGCGAGGAAUUGAGGUCCCUGCGGACAAGGCCAGCGCAGUCAUUAAUGCAUCUCCCCCACGGACGAAGAAGGAAUUACAGCGUCUUUUGGCGUGCAAAUUGCGACACUACAUGUUAUCCUUUACUACUUGCAUCAUCACUCAGACCGAUCUGGUCAAAUAUAUGUUGUCCCGGCCUAUCUUGCGAGGCCGCAUUGGCAAAUGGGUAUUGGCGCUUUCAGAGUUUUCGCUCCAAUAUGUACCCCAGAAAGCUGUGAAAGGGCAAGCGAUCGCUGAUUUUCUGGCACACCAUCCUCCGCUGGAAAUACCUGUACUAAAGGAGUUAGAGAUUGCCUGCAACGCUGCGACUCAACCAGAUAAACCAUGCAUCCCUGAGUACGAGAUCUGGUAUCAGGCUACAAUCUUUCUACAGCCAUGGGUGUUAUUUUUUUAUGGUUCCAGAACGGACGCUAUGGCUGGCGCAGGAAUCGUUUUGGAGAACCCGGCAGGUGAUCGCUUCUCUUAUUCUUUCCAACUUACAUUCCAAUGUACUAAUAAUCAGGCCGAAUAUGAGGCCCUCAUCAUUGGACUGGAAGUCUUGCUGGAAAUGGGCGUCCGGGACAUUCAGGUUCGCGGUGACUCCCAGCUCGUUAUCAAUCAGCUUCUGGAAAAAUAUCGCUGUACGAGUUGGCUGCUCAUCCCAUACCUGAAUCGCGCAAUUGAGCUCUUGGACCAAUUUACAGACGUCGAUAUGGAGCAUAUACCACGUGAACGUAACUUUGCUGCUAAUGAGCUCGCUCAGUUGGCUACAGGCAUCACCUUGAAGUACGGAGUACGUGAGCGCAUCCUGAAAGUUGAGCGUCGCACACUACCUUCGUGGCUUGCUCGACCUGAUCCUCCAGAUGACCCCAUGGUCGCGGUACUAGAGCCCAUUGAUGUCGAUUGGCGGAUUCCUCUGAUUGAAUACCUCAAACGACCAGAUUCCAGCACUGAUCGGAAGAUUCGUUUCCUCGCAUUGAAUUACUUCCUUCGAGGUAACGAACUACGCAGGCGUGGAGAAGAUGGUGUAGACUUUCGCUGUGUCUACGGUCGCGAAGCUAAGAGAUUGAUGCGCGAGGUGCACAUGGGAAUAUGUGGAUCUCACCAAGCUGGACCUAAGAUGCGGUGGCUCAUCCGACGUCAUGGUUAUUAUUGGCCCAGCAUUUUGAAGGAUUGUAUUGCAUUCGCCAAAGGCUGUGCGGACUGUCAAGCACACGGCCCUGUCCAGCACGUUCCUAACAUUCCUAUGCAACCCAUCAUUAAACCUUGGCCUGCGCGAGGCUGGGCUUUGGACUUGAUUGGAAUGAUCCAUCCUCAUUCUUCCCUACAGCACAAGUUUAUCAUCGUCGCCACUGAUUACUUCACAAAAUGGGUAGAAGCAGAGCCUCUGAAGGAGGCCUCCGGCGCUACCAUUCGCCAGUUCAUUUUCCGUAAUAUUCUCUGCCGAUUUGGUAUCCCUGAAGUGCUGGUAUCAGACAGGGGGGCAGCGUUCAUGGGGGGCCCCGUGGAGCAGCUGGUGAGUGAUUUUGGUAUUCAAUUUAUACACAGUACUCCGUACUAUGCUCAAUCUAAUGGUCAAGCGGAGGCGAGUAACAAGACAAUCAUCACCUUGCUUAAAAAGAUGUUGGUGGAGAAUCCUCGACAAUGGCAUGAUACGUUGUACGAAACACUGUGGGCCUAUCGCACUUCAAAACGUAAUCCCACCGCCACGACGCCGUACGCGCUUAUGUUUGGACAUGACGCUAUCUUACCAUUAGAAAUUAAUGUUCACUCCCUACGAGUCCAAGAACAGCAUCAUUUGAUUGGCGAAGAUUAUGUUCAAGCAAUGUGGCAGGAGCACGAAGACUUAAGCGAACAGCGCUUGGCCGCUUUGGACAAUUUGAUCCUCCUCCCAUCUAAGUCGCCGCUGCUCGAAGAAGAUGGGAAAAAGAAAGCCUUCAUGCCCCUUCCUGGGGCCUCUCCUCCAGACUGGAAUUGGGCUCCGGAGCAGGCGCGACUCACAACCACAUCUACCUCCUGGGGUAAAUCAUAA